AUGGCCGGUCCCGGUGGUGGUCCCCCUCGUCGGAGCCACACCAAGUCCCGGAAGGGAUGCGAGACUUGCAAGCGCCGUCACAUUCGGUGUGAUGAGAAUUUCCCCCAGUGCCGCAACUGCACCAAGCACAAGAUCCGCUGCCCGUACAAUGAUGUGCCUGCCCCUGACGACAGAGCUGGCUCGCCCGACAAGCCCGACCUGAUGUGGACGCCGGAGAUCGAGGCUACCAUCGACCAGUGGCGCCGCACCGGCAUGUUCCCGUUCCCGAGCCUGGGCAUCUAUCCGGCACCUGCGCCUGAGCUUCUGACGCUCGAGGACCUGAGGUUGAUCCACCACGUUGCCUCCAUCAGCCACCAGAUGCAGGAACUUGACGCCAAUGACUUCACGCUCUGGACCCAGCAGAUCCCCACAAUCAUCAGGAUCGGCGCGACCCACCGCUAUGUCUUGCACUCCCUGCUCGCCUUCUCCGCUAUGCAUCUCGCGUACCUGACUGGCUGCCCAGCCGUCGGAAACAUGGCGUAUGAGCAUCGCGGUGUCGCCUUGAAGGGACUGCAGGAAGCCAUCAGCACCUUCUCUCGGGAGACGUCGGACGCGAUCCUCGCCGCUUCGCUGGUCCUCUCCUGGCAAGCCACAGAUUGGUACACCACCGGCUCGGGAACGCACACUGAUAAAUAUCGCCUAAAGGUCAUCGAGGCCAUGGAUCCCUGGAAACACGAGUCGCAGUUUGGCGACUUCAUCGCCGAGAGCAGCACCUUCCCGACCGCCCCGCCCUCGCCCACCCCGGACCACCAGCCCAGCCAGCCGCGCGAGGAUGACAUGGAGGCGUUCCAGCGCGUCCUGCAGCAGCUCCAGAAGCUCGAGGCCUUCCUCAAGAAGAACCGCGAAGACACGAAGCCGGUCGCCCAGCUCAUCACCUUCAUGAAGGGUUCCCGAAAGGUCACCUCGUCCCUGUCGGUGGCGCAGCAGUUCGACCGCCUGAAGCCCCUGCGGACUUGGCUGUUCUGGCUGCCCGUCAUGUACCUGCAGCGGAAUGGUGCAUCGCCAAGCGCCCUCGUCGUGAUUGCCCACUACUACACGGCCGCCCUCCUGAUGGAGCGUCUCUUCCCCGAGAUCGGCGCCGCGUACUUUGGAAGCAUGACCAUCGGUCCGGUCGAGGAGAUUGCUCGCCGCCUCUAUGCCGUCCGUAACUCGGGACAUCUUGAGGGAGACCUCCAGACCCCGCUCAACUUGAUGGAGUUCCCUAUCGAGACGGUCAACGAGUUCCGCUCCCGGAUGGGGUGGGUCCAGCCUGCGCGCACGCCCUCGUUCCCCCAGUUUGACCAGUUCGACCAAUUCGACCAGCCCAACUUCUACAUGAACGAGGGCUCGCCGGUGAUGUUGUCGGCAAACUUAUCUUCUGAGUACCUGCCGUAUGGGGACAAUGUGGCUUUCAGCUACAGCACCGAGGACUUGUCCGUCAUCCCCGAGGCCGGCCCUGCCAGCGCUGUCAGUCCGCUCCAGCUGUCGUCGCCGUACGUCAACCCGCACUACCUCAACAUCCCGAGUCCGUCGUUCGGGGGAUACAGUCCGGCUUCGAGCACCUAUGGAGACUUUGGCGACGGAUCCCCGAUCGUCUACAGCGAUGCUGAAGACAAUGGCACCUACGGUUACACGGCCACCUCACCAAUGCUGGGCGGUUCCAACACUUAUGGCGUCGGGCCCUCCUAUCUGAGCACCAGUCCGGAUUGCCCGCCUCCUGAGGAUCUCUACGCUUGGCUGCCAUCCCAACACCCGGCCCUUGUCCCUUCGCCCUUCCUGAGCCCCGAGGAGUCCUUUCAACCCAUUCCGGAGUCGCCCAGCUCUCAGUUUACCCCUCUGGCCACUCAGGAAGGAGGUGGCAUGCCUGCCAACAACACCUUGUUCUCCGUGCCACCCAACCUCCAGGACAAACAAAAGGGCAACGGCGCGUAG